UAAAACGAAUUCUCGUUUUUCAAAAUAUUUAAUUUUCUAACCUACUGGAGUCGUUAAUAUCCUGUUCAUUUGACGUUUAUUUAUACAAAUUUUUUAUUAUUAUAAUAAAAUUCUGUGAUAAUGCUUUGGAGCUUUACUUUAUAACACGAUCAAUUCAAUAAAUCAGGAUGAAUUUAAAAUGUUUAAUUUGCAGCGAUUUAUUAACUCCAUACUCGGAAAUCUUUGGCACAACAUGCGGUCAUCUCUUCCAUUAUCACUGUCUAAUACAGUGGAUCGAACGUUCGAAGACAUGCCCGCAGUGUCGUUUCAAAGCGACCGAAAAGACAAUUUUUAAGAUCUAUCUAACUGUUGAAGAGAAUACGGAAACCGUCGAUCUUGCCGUACUUCACAACAAGCUUGAUAAUUUGCAGUUUCAAAUCAACCUUAAAAAUCUGGACGUGAAAAAUACGAAGGAGAAAAAUGAAACGCUGCGCAAGCAAAACCUGGCCCUAAUAGAAGAAAACAAGGAGCAAGAGAAUAAGCUUCGAGUGAUGGAAUCGGCGAUGUUCGCGUUGAAAGAGCAAGUGACUUACUUCAAGACGAAGAGUAAGGAAGCGAAGAAACUGGAGACCGAUUUACUCGAACUGCAAGGCAAGUUAGAUAGAAUUAAAAAUGUCGAGCUAGUCUUGGCAGGUACGCAAGACGAAGUGAACAGUAUGUUGCGAAACAACCAGGAUCCUCAGUCACUGUCAAUUCUGGUGGCCACCUUAAAGAAAGAGUUAAUCGAAUCUGAUAAAAGCAAGAAGCAAUUGAAAGGUGCAAUUAAAACUGUUCAAGCCGAGUCUGUGGCGUACCGUAAGAAAUUUCAAGAGUUAAGGGAUGCCUCUGUGCAUAUGAGGGAGGAGCUUGAGAGUCACAAGGGAUGUGAAACCGAACGUCAGUAUUUAAAGGGCAAACUUGCAGAGUUUCAGAAUAAGUACAACCGCCUUUCCUUAGAGACUGCUAACAAUGUCAACAGGAUUGUCAGUGAAAGCCCUAUACCAAUUUCAAGACUAACAGAACCUAAUACAAGUUCACCGUCAGUUCCAGAAGUUGUCGAAACUAUAGCACAAUCAAAUUCGCCGUACCUACGUGUGCAAACCAGCAGCAUAGGACUCUCCGGACUGCUUACCUACAACAACUUAUCGGCUGGACCCAAUAAGACGUCGAUAUUGAAGCAACAUCCUCUGCAGAAGGAGACAUUAAAACGGCCAUCAAUUUCGUACGACGGUCUAGGAGGUCACAGCAAAGACGAUGACUUUCCAUCUCCACGUUCCUCUCUACCUUUCAAAAAACCGAAAAUUAGUGUAACUACUACGGCACGCAAAUUUAAGAAAUUGGCACCUCAGCCGAAGUUAUCCUUUCAAAAACUCAACUAGAGUAUUAUUCAAUCAGUAUUGUAUUUUUUAUUUUUUUAAAAUUUUAUUAUAAUAAUACAAGUACAUGUUAUUUUUGUCCUUGA